AUGGCGACAACACCCAGUGACGCUAGUAGCGGGCUCUUGUCUCAAGUCGGGACGGAAGUGGAUACUGGCGGUCUUGUCGCAAAAGCAGCCCUUGUCCUUGCGGGACACUCAGAGUCCAAUCUAGAAUCGAUCCUGACAAGCUGUUAUGGCAUCGCCUUCCUGGCAACACCCCAUCAAGGGUCAAGCUACCUGUCGGCUCAGGAAUAUGCGAAGAGCAUCCGUCGCUUGAUGCACCCGAAAUACCACAUCCCGCAUCGAUUACGAGAACUGUUCAGACCGCGUCAUCCAAUCCUGCUUCAUCUUUCCCAUCAGUUCAAGGCUAUAUCAGAAGAUAUGAAACUAUGGACGUUCUUAGAGACGGUCGACUCCACCUUGACGGUGACGGAUUCGGUCACCAACACCACCGUCGAAAUGCACGUCCCCAUCACGUCCAUUCGAUCGGGGCUCCUAGACCUCGAGCACGAGAAGGAGGUCCCAUUAGCCACCGACCACGUCGGUACAGCAACGUUCAAAGGCCAGGAACAGACAACAAGAUUGAGUUUCAUCAAAGAGCUCCAAUCCUCAGUUGCGAUGGCCGUGCAGCUCUCAACCAUAACGGCCUCACCGUUGCAUGUUGGUCGCGAGACGAUGGUUCAGGUCAAUGGGUUCUUUGAAGACACAGCCCGAGGCGUCAGUGAUGAGACCCCGCUGAAGCUCUGGUCAACAAAGACGCCGUUGCGAGAGUAUCUGAAACACGGGCCUUCGUUGUGUCUUAGCGAGCGGUUGAAACGAACAGGAGCGAUUCCCCCAGGGUCUCUGGACGAAUCAUCUGUGAGUAGUUUCAGUAGCCCGCGGUCUUCAGCUGCGAACGAAGAAUUGCCGUUCGAGCUGGAGAAUCAAUUUCCCCGACGAGAAAUUGAACACCGGAAAUCAGACUCUGCAGCUACUAGGCCAGCGCUGAAACACAGUCGAAGUUUCAUGGCCCCGACAUCCCCGCCAUCGCCCCGGAUACAUGUCACAGAGCCAGCCGCCGAAGGCUAUUUUGAGAUACCAAAUGACGAGGAUCAAACGUCCGUCCCAAGUCCAAGAGCAUCUAACGAAGACCAUGGCAGUCUACCCGAAGAUGGCGAAGACAGACCAAGGAACGAUUCCGUGGGCGCUGAUGCUUUGACCCAGACUAAUGCGUUGGGAAGCGUAUCGCCGAAAUACAAAAACCUCCUUCCGGUCCCCAGCUCGAUAAGAGAGCGGCUGACUGAAUUCCGCAACGAAGCCCCUCGCAAAGCUCCGCGGUUCGAUCGACCGGAGCCAGGUAGUGAGAAACUCCUCUGGGUCCAUGUUCCUUACACGCACACGGGAUGGGUCCCUGAAGUCUUGGCCAAGUGCUGCGAGGAUCAAGAGAGGUCCGAAUUGAAAUUCAUGAGCGAAGAUAGCUGGUCCUCAAAUUUGAUUCGAGCGCGCCAUUUAGAGCCUCAUGCUCGCUAUGUCCGUUCGACCUGCAUACAUUCGCGAAUGGACAAUCCUUCCCCAAACACCCCAGUAGAGGGCCCUAAGGACCCGCGGUUGGCCAUUUAUAUACCAUAUCUCCAUUGGGACACUUACUGGAAUCUUCUCCAACGACGAAAAGUCGUCGAAGAGCGACUAAGACAAGGACGAUCCCGCCCUGCACCAGACCACGUCGCUGAAUCGACCCUGGAAUCGAAAUUGAUCUGGAAGUUCUUGGGCUCCGAGCCGCCAAUCCAUAUCAGAAGGACGCUAGAUCAGUAUGGGUACCCGAAUCUACGAUCAACCGUGGCAAGAGACGACGACCAAAUGCUCUGGAAGCGAACAAAGAAGACUAUCAAUCUAAGCGACGAGCUUCGGAACUCCAUUCUGGACAAGGACCCAUCUGAGUCAUCCAACAUCUUCAUAGACGGAAAGGUGCUUAUGGUGGAUCAACUCUGGCUCUGGAUCGUGGACCAGAAAACCGUUGUCACCUUCUUCCCUAGACAGGAGGCCACAACCGCCGAGGGAAAGCUCUACGAGCAAGCAAACCUGUAUAACAGCAUCUACAAUGAGUUGAAUGGCGAUCUUGCAAGACGUUUUGAGACUGCAGGGGAUCUUGCUGCGCUGAUCGUCCUGCACGCCGUUACUAUCCUUCUCGACAGAACGCUGCACCACGACCUGCAAGUCCUUCGCAUAUUCGAGGAAUCCAUAAGCAUACUGACCGAAUCGAUGACCAAGUCGUUCAAACGCUUCCGGAAUCGCGGGUUCAUCACCAGACCCGACGAUUACAACAAGACACUCGAUGGGAAGACAAUGACCGCAGCCGAGAAGGAUGAAAGAGACCACCGGGUAGCGAGCCAGAAUCGCGAGGAUCUAUCUGCACUGCUCGAACUCCGUGAUAUUGUGGACGAACUUGGGACGAUCAUGAAGCUGUUGGAAGAGCAGACCGCAACUGUCAAGAUCAUGGCGGAAUACUUCGAGGACAAAGGCUAUGGAAGGUCGUUUAUCGAGUCAGCACUCAGCCGUCUAGAUCAAUACCGCACACAGGUGUCGGACAUGAAAGAAAACGCAUAUGCUGCGCAGAGAGCGGUGGAAACACUGCUCGAUCUCAAGCAAAAACAAGCAAAUGUCGACGAGUCGCGUUUGGCUCGCUGGGAGGCAGAAGUAACCCAGAAUCAAUCGCAGUCUGUGAUGGUCUUCACUAUCUUCACUGUGAUAUUCCUACCACUGUCCUUUUUCACCUCCUUAUUCGGCAUCAAUGUCCGAGAAUGGAGCGGCGAACCGACAAAUUUGACCAUGUCACAAAUGCUUUCCAUAGCAGGUCCCACAUCAGUCGUAGUCAUUGUCUUUGCUCUCCUGAUGGCCUUUAGCGACAGGCUCCGCGAGGCUGUCGUCGAGUCGAACAGGAUUCUGGCCGGUAUCAUGGCUGAUGUUCUCUUCUAUCCGCUCAAACGAAUGUUCCAUCGAGAGAAGAAGACCAAAAAGGCCCCAUCCGUGUCGACACAAAGCACCCACAGGAGGGACCGGUUCAGCAGAUACCGACGGUAUCAGAAGCAGCUGGAGAACGACAUCUGGAAAAGACACGAAGACCGUGUCAUUUCGCCUCUUCCCCCCGUCCCAGUGUCGGAGAUUGAAGAUGCGUACACCGAGAAAGUGAGAUAG